UCGUGAAUCCACUCGGUGUAGAGAUAAUUCUGGCAUUAGUGAGUCGAUUUUCAAGUUUCUCAAGAUUCACCGAAUUGUGAUUUUCCGUUUCCUUGUUAAUUAUCUCAAGAGGAAGCAAUUUGAGAGGAAAUCAUCAUUCGAAUUUUUUGUGGAGAAUUCUAUAAACUACAAAAAAUUUCUUUACAGUUUUGCUAUAAACUGCAACGCUAUCGAGAUAAUUAUUAUUUUUUGGUGUUCUCCGAAAUUUUCCACCUUAUCAUCAACUUAACUCUUCAAACGUUUCAAUGAGGGCGCGAGUAGUUCCUUGAGCUAAAAAAAAUCUGGUGCGCAUGUCUCAUGUUGCCAUUUUUGUUUACCUCGGCUGGUCGAGACCUAAACAAUAUCAUUGACAGUUUAAAUUGCUCCAAAAAUGUCGUUUAUGCCACUGUGGCCCAAUUUGCAACCGAGAUCCACCGAUCCUCUCUGGUUUAAUGCUGAUAAACCUUGUGAUGACGAAGAAGAAGUCGACAAACUAGAGAGUCUUCAUCAAUCCUGGAAAGAUCGCACUAGAACUGCUGGUAGUGACCAAAUACCCAUUGGAAAAUCAGCUAGUGACUUCAGGGGAUCUGAAGAAGAGGAGGAAGAGGAGGAAGAGGAAGAGGGUGAGGGAGAAGAGGAAGAGGAAUCUGAUACUCAUGAAGACGAGGAGGAGGAGUUCGAUGAGAUUGACAUGGAGGUGAGCUAUUCUCACCAGCAGCAAAGGUCCAGUCCAACUGAUGCUGUCACUGACCCUGUGUCCAUCAGAAUGGUCACACAGGGUCCUCGAUACUCUUAAAACAAUCCUUCGACUUUAUAAAUAGGUCAUUUCAUUCUGGUGUUCACGGAAAUUUAUAGAGAAAAUGUAAAUAAAUAGAUGUUCUCGAUUUUUCAAGAUG